ACCACAUAGUGCACUAUGUACCGUGUAGAAGGCAUUGUUUAUUUCCCUAUGUAGUGCGUUUAUAUAGCAAGUAGGUAGCUUGCUGAGAUUUGCCAGAAAGUUGUCGCGUUGUCGUAAUGUUGUCGCACAACCGGCGCUAACAUGCUAAUAAGAUGUAAACAUGCUACACCGCGAAAUGUACAAAGAGUAAAUAUGUUCUAAAUACAAACGUUUUUAAUAUAUUAUCUUCACGGUUUUGGCUACGGUAGCUGUGUAUCUUGUGUAGACUCAAGACGACAUCCUUCAGUCGAGACGCCAUGAAUCAUUCGCUGAUGGCGGUGAGCCCUGACAUCCACAUCUGUGGCUUCUGUAAGCAGCAGUACAACAAUUUUGAAGUGUUUCUUGCACACAAGCAGAAAGGCUGCCAGCUUCCUACUACAGAUAUCUCAGUCACAAGUACUGGAGCUUCUGGUAUAAUAAAUACACACUCAGAAACCAUGCAAGAGUUUCCUUUGGAGGAGACGUUACAGACCGGUGUGUCAAAGGCAGCGAAGAAGACCAUAAAAACCCAGAAAUCAGCCUCCAAGAAGCUGAAACCUGCUCUCACCCAAAAGCGACGCAUUUGCAGCUUCUCAGGUUGUACAUUCAAAACACAGUACGGCCAAAAGGACAUGGAAAGGCACAUGCUGACUCAUACUGGCGACAGGCCAUUUGAGUGUGAGCUGUGUCACAAACGCUUCAGUCGGCGGGACAAGCUGAACCUGCACAGCCGCUCACACACCGGGGAAAAGCCGCACAAGUGCAAGCACUGUCCGUACGCCGCCGCAGACAGCAGCAGCCUGAAAAAGCACCUGCGUGUGCAUUACGACGAGAGGCCCUUCAAGUGCCAAAUCUGCCCGUACGCCAGCCGCAACUCCAGCCAACUCACUGUGCACCUGCGCUCACACACGGGUGAUGCCCCAUUCCAGUGUGGUGAGUGCGGUGCCAAAUUCAAAAUCAACUCGGACUUGAAGCGUCACGCGCGUGUGCACUCGGGCGAGAAGCCAUAUUCUUGUGAGCUCUGCGAUUACCGCUGUGCCAUGAAAGCCAACCUGAAGUCUCAUGCCCGACUGCGACAUGGUGCCUACUCCUGUACAGAAUGUGACUUCCAGUGCACAGCCAAGGCAGCACUUCGUGCCCACUCCCGCCUGCACGCGCCCGCCCGCCCCCUACGCUGCACCUGCUGCCCAUACUCCUGCACCAGCAAGGGGGCGCUCAAGAGACAUGAACGCGUGCACUCGGACGAGCGACCGUUCACAUGCCAACGCUGCACCUUCUCCAGCAAGCAGCAAGCCAACCUGCUCGUCCACAUGAGGAAGUGCCAUAGAGAGAAUGGUGUGGAAGGGCAGAGCAAGAGUGCCAAACGAGGAAAAGCAGGAGAUGAGUCACCCAGUCCUGCAGCUUCACGGUACCGUGUUAAGCUCGAAGCAGCUCGGGCGUUCCGCUGUAACCUGUGUGACGCCUCAUUCGUGAGAGAAGAUUCCUUGCGAAGUCAUAAGAGGCAACAUAAUGACACGGAAAAACAGCUCAGAAUCGCACAGUCACAAACUCACAAUAGUACUGUGAAAAAAACAGAUAAAGAGCUAAAGCAGGUUUCCGUGACUCUCGCAAACGGGUCCGUUCCUGCCUACGGAAACACGCAGCUGAAGAUUUUUGUAGCGCCCCCUUUAGGUCAAGACGGAUCGUUCAUUCAGGCAGCAGUGGACAUCCCAUCUUCUAAACCUGGAACAGUUCUACUUAGUUCAGAAGGGCAGAAUGUAAUUCUCAACCCUGUAAUACAGCAGGUCAGUCUGUUAACCCCCGUGCAGCACAUGACCCCACCAGAGGGCAGCCUCGAGCACCAGACUGUCUUACUAACUCACAUCAGUAGCAGUGAAGAAAACCCUCUUCUGCAGACAAAUGUUUCUUCUCAGGCCUCAAUAGAGACUCAGACCUUCAUCAGUUCCACUUCAUCCACAGAAAGCGGCCACGCUUUCAUCACGGCAUGCUCGGACCUCGACAGCCUGCACGCACUCAUCCAGCAGGUCACUGUGGUCACCGAGGAUCACGCUUCCAUCAAUACCGCAACAACAGCAAACUUCGAAUCUCCACUGGAUGUUGUUGAAAGGCCGUCAUCUGUGGAUGAGAUGAAGCAUUCAGGGGAGGGAAAUCCAGCUCUGGACGACGGUUUGGUUGCGCCUGAUAUGAACGUCGAGUCGUCUCGCUCACUUCUUGUACACAAUGUUACCUUGUCCAUCUCAGAGCAGGAUCAUCAGGCUUCCAUCUACCAGCUCUCACCCCAUCACAUCUUCUCUGACUCGAAUCCUCCAGACAGUAUUGAGCACUGAGCAUGUUUUUGGAAGAAGCUCCUCCUCAUUGUCUCCACGUUUGCCUUGUGGGAGCGGAAGUGCUUUCCUGACCGCAACGGUAAGAUGAGUCCAUUGUUUGGCUGAAGUGUUUGUCAACACAUCCAACACAUGAUCAUGAACAAGAACUUGUUUGAUUAUUAUCUUUGAUAAACACUCAUCAAGGAUUUAAUCCAGGACUGGCUGCUUCAUCUUGGAAACGUUCAAGACUAGUAUUUUUUUUUUCUUCCUUCUACAGCACGGGUCACUUUCAGGUACUAAACUCUACCUUUCCCAUUGAUGUAUUUUAUAUUGCUGUUAGUUAAUAUUAUUUCUGUUUCUAAUACAUGAUAACGUCUUAUCAUUCAGUGAAGGCUCAAAUCGUGGAGUUCAAAUGUUCACUCUAGGAAUCCUGCCAACAUUCAGGUUCCCGGUCACUCGUUUUUUCCCUGUAGAUGGCAGUAAAGAGAUUUUGAAACGCUAA